AUGUCUCAAUCACAGCAGGAGCACCAGCAUCCCCCCCACCCCGACGACGAGCCACAGCUCCCCCACCCCCACCCCUCCAGCAGCUCCCAGCAGCAGCAUCACCAGCCCAUAGAGCACCCCGCCGCCUCCUCCUCCUCCUCGCGGCCCUCGUCCGCUGGCUCAUCCACCAAGCGCCCCGCCCCCGAAAACGACAUCAUCUCGGAGCUUGUCCGCAAGGCCAAGGCCUCCCGGUACGCCCAGCCAGUCCGGAAGUCGGAUGAUGACGAUAUUGCAGACACGCUGGAGAGGGACCUGAGCUGUGCCAUCUGCUCGGAGGUGCUGAAUAACCCUGUGGCGUGUAUUGAUUGUUUGCAUAACUUUUGUGGAUCCUGCCUCGUCCCCUGGCUCGAGCGCAUAAACACCUGCCCGACCUGCCGGCAGGUUGUCAAAAAGAUCCGCGACAACCACAGCACCGCAGGCCUCAUCGAAACGCUCCUCACACGUUUCCCCGACAAGCGCCGGGACCCCGCCGAGCUCAAGGAGCUCGAAAAGGUCUACAAGCCCGGCCAAAAAGUCUACAUCGAAGAAGCCUCCCCCGACGACGACGACGACGACCACCACUCCGACUCCGGCUCUGACGGCGACGACGACGCCCACAUCGCCUGGCCCCCGUGCCCCUGCUGCAUCCCCGACAACCCCCACGGGCACACCUGCCCCGACGCCCUCCCCGACACGAACCCCCCGCACCGCGCCGACACCUACACCUUCCGCAACCAUGUGCACUGCCACCACUGCCCCAACACCAUCCCGACCACCUGGAAGUCCGAGUACAAAUGCGAGUCCUGCGGCCUGCUCAACUGCGGGGCACUCUUUGGCUGCGCUGUCCCCGGCGUGCUCGCCCCGCCCGCUGCACAGGUGCAGCCCAUCGGGCCGCCCAACUUAGCGUUCCACAACAACCUGACCGAGCUUUACCACUUUGAGAGCUGGCGCGGCGCGACAAACACGUCCUAUCUGCAGAUCGCGCAGAUGAUCUACGAGUGGGUUGUUGCGGGGAACGGCGGGGAGUUCCACGCGCUGAGAAGGAGCGUGGGGACCGAUGCGUAUGUGUGUAAGGGGUGUGUGGCGCCGGUGCUGCAGGAGCGGUUUAUGGCGUGGUGGUGCGCCGAGCGCGUGAGGCUCGCAUGCGCAGAAGUUGCAGCAUUGUUGUGCGGAGGUGCCGGAGGCGGAGAGGAGGGCGGGGAGGGCGAGGGGGAUCCGGUGGCGGCGGUGGGUCCCGUGGUGGAUUUGGGACCGGUGGUGGAUUUGGGACCGAUGGGGGGUUUCGGUGGUGGGGCGGGGCCGGGGGCCGCAGAUGGGGGUUUGGGUGGGAUGGGGCCGCAGUAG